UUUGCGUGUCUGUUAGAUGGCGCAUCUUUUCAACGCGAUUAAAAUGGCCGAAAAUUGAUUUUUUGCCGUGUGUUCCGGGCGUAAUUCUCCCUUUCUCUCGUUCGCGAGAUCAGGUGUUUUGCCGAUCGGACGACGAGUGGACGAGGGUCGCGGCGGGACGGACGGUCGGCGAACGUGUUCGAUCGCGAACGCCGUCGAAUGCGACAGUUCGCGCGACGAUUCGCGUGCUUCGAGAGCCAGUCUCGGCGUUCCACGCGUGCGGCCUCGGAUGCUCGCUCGCCUCACGUUCACGUUCAGAUCUCCGAGCGCCUGAGAUGAGCACCCGGGAGGAGUACAACUGCGUUCUGUGCGAGUCGAAGCUCGACUCCAAGGAGGCACUGCAGCAGCACUUCAGACAACAUGCGAAUAAGGAGAUAGAUGGUCGAGGGCGGCCGAUAAAAGCCAGGAAAAAUGAAAACACUCAAUGCGACAUAUGCAAUCAAUCGUUCGAUUCGAUGCGAGCGACGAUAAGGCACAGGUUCAAGGCGCAUCCAAAUUCACCGACCAAAUUCCAUUGUUCCUAUUGUGGAAAACAGUUUCCUCUAAAGAAUCACAGGGAUAAUCAUCAAAUGUUGCACGAUGCAACUGAAAGCGAGAAUAAGGAUCAACACAGGAAAUGCGACGAGUGCAACGUGUUGUUUUACAACGAGAAGGCACUGGAUUACCACAAUAAAUCCAUUCAUAAAAGAAUGGUACACAUAUUCCAUCCGAUAGCCACUCCUCCACCUAGCAACAAGAUCAAAUUGAACUCGAUGAACGACGCACUGAGUGUGUACUAUUGUCAUUUGUGCGGCGUCGAGUACGUUAUAAAGUUUAACUUGCAGCAGCACUUGGAAAAGAUGCACACGAAAAAAGAAAGGGACACUAUGCCGGAUGAUUUGAUCAAGUGUACAGUGUGCGCAGCGAUGUUUUGCAACAAGAGGGCCUACAACGUACACAAUGCUUACCACUCGCCGGAUGAUUUAUACGUGACUUCAGAGGAGCAGAGGAUGCAGACGGUGACCAAAAUCGACCAGGACUUCGACAUCAGGAGGGUGGAGCCUGUGGCCGAGAAAUAUGUACCGCGAUCUAGUGUAUUUCAGAGGAAGACUAAUCAUAGAAUAAAGCCGUACAACGAUCAGAAGACAGAAAUUAAGGUAGAGAUAAAGAGAGAGAGGUCCGAGUCCUUGGACGACAUCGCGGGUACCAUCAAUGAGUCCAGCGAUUCCGAGAGCGACAUCCCGUUGAAGCAAAGGAUCGCCAGCUAACGGAGGUUUUUCUUCUGAUCACAAAAAAGAAAUUUUCCAGUCCCAAGGAAACUGUUGUACGAGCGCUUUACAUACCGCUACAAUCGUGAUAUAUAGUCAUCAAUUUUGGAGCUUUCUCUUUACAAUUGUUAUUAUAUAUGCAUACUAUAUAAGUUAGGAAAAUGUGAAAUUGUAAGAAGUGUGCAAUUGUAUAUUCAUUUUUUUCUUUGCUCUUCAUACGAAUCGCGGAAAUACAAUUGAGAUAACUGAAUGUAAUCAUGAAUGUUGAAGCACAAGAUGAAAUCCUAUAGAAGGACGAAUCUUAAGACAAGAAGAAAAGAGUAAUUACGAUAAUUUGAUAAUUGAAUAAUUUUUCAUGUUUAUUAUUAUAUAUAUAUAAAUAUAUAUAUAUAAUAUAUUAUAUACACAAUAUAAUUUGUAAAUGAAAUAUGUAUUUCCAGAAUGGGUUACCAUUUAUAUAUGGGAUUAUCGUCAAAACUCAUAAUUUUUAAAACCCCAAUUCAUUAGUUAAAAUUAGAGUAGUUGUUAAUUAGACGUAAAAUUGAAAACCUACAUGGACAGUACAAUUAUAGAUCUCGUUUCGCUUCGUAAACAGGCGCGGAGGGGGAUUGGAUCUUGCUACGUGUAGAAAGUCGAAAAUCUAUGUGAAAAAGUGUAAUUAUAGACCUAGUUUUAACGAUUAUGGGUUUCGACGGUAAGGUAAACGUACCAGUGCAAGAACAAGUAUCUAUAUCUGAAUACGUACACAAAAUUUAUUA